AUGGCCACCCCAGGCGGUAUCACUGGUCUUAUUGAAGAUGAAUUUGCCUCUCCUCACUCCAGUGCAGAUGACGAGUAUGAGUCUGACGAACCACCUGAAUUGAAACUGGACUUGGAGGAACUGAAGGCCUGCGCUUCAACCAUCGCAUCGGCCACUUGUACUAGCGCCAGAAGGCACACGCGUGGAGCAUAUCACGAGAUAUAUCUCCUUGAAUUUCAUGCCGGCUCUGAAACAUUGCCUGAGAUAGAACGGGCCCGGCAUUCAUGCAUCGCAAGGCUGACUCGCAGCGAAGAAAGUCUUUCCAAAGCCACAAGUGAACUCGCCACUAUGCGGCGCGCCGGUUGUUAUUAUGGAGAGACUCCCGGGAAGCAUCUCUAUAAGCUAUGGGAUGGCUUAUCUCUCGAUCAUAAAAAGAACGUCCUUACCCAGAUUGCAUCAUUUCUUACUCGGCUAGCCGCACUUCACUUUGAUGAAAUUGGAAGCAUACAGGAUAACGGCCUAGGUCCGCUGGUACACCCUUCAUUUCCUCCGCCAGAAGGGAAGCCAUUCAAGUCGACUCUCGACUACCUACAUGCGUUAAUUCCGGAGACUGCCGUUGAUUUGCUGAAUACGAAGAGCUUGUCGAGAUUAGGCAGCACCUAG